UAAAAAAUUGUUAAAAUUGGCUUAAAAUGAAUAAAAUUACGCGUGCUUUUAUAAGCGUGCUGCGGCAACGCAAUUCCACUCGCACCAGCGCCACACUCCUGGGUCGCCAGUUGUCCUAUAAAAGCGACUUGUCGCUGGACAAAAUUUACCCAAAUGCACGUUUGCAGCUGUAUACGCCGCCCCCGCCGCCCCCAAGCAGUGCCAACAAGUUCAGCGGCUACAUACCCAUGGACAAGCUCGAGAUUACCUACAGUCGCAGCUCUGGACCUGGGGGCCAGCACGUAAACACCGUGAACACCAAGGUGGACGUGCGUUUCAAGCUGGCUGAGGCGCAGUGGAUACCAGAAGAGACGCGCCAGAAGCUGCUCAAGGUGUUGGCCAACAAGAUCACCAAGGAGGGAUACUACUACAUCAAGAGCGACGUCAGCCGCUCCCAGCAGCUCAACCUGGCCGAUGCCUUGGAGAAGCUGCGCACGGUCAUCCGGGCCCAGGAAGUUGAGGUAGCAGCGCCUAGCGAGGAGACCCUAGAAAGAGUGCGCCGGCGACAAGAGCGGGCGGCCCGUGAGCGCCUCCAGCUCAAACGGAGUCGCGCUCAGGUCAAGGCGGAUCGACAAGGACCCGGAGGUGUGGACUUUUAGUUGUUAUUGAAAAUUGUUGCACAAAGAUUCAUUACACGUAGACAUUUAACAAAUAA